AUGACUUCUUCGAUACGGACAUUCCGCUCCGUAUCAUCACCUUCCUCUCGCCAACUUCACGAGCCACGAAAUUCAAAUCGGGCAUCCAAACGGUUCUCUCUUGGUAUUUUCUCAAAUUCAGACCUCAGCCGUAGUAGCACUGCAACUACAGCCUCGGGCAAAGAAACACGCCAAUGCGCUCCCACCUCCAACGAGGUUGACCUCCUUCCCAAUGAUCAGAUCAAGCUCGAGGAAAUCGCGAACUAUCAUCUAGGUCAGAUAGGGCGAUUAGCGAUUGAAAUAGCACAUUGCAAUGAACAGGUCGAGCUAUUACCACGCACCAAACUUCCGGAAGGCAUGGAGUGUAUUGCUAGGAAACAUUAUGAGCGAAUGCAAGCGGCUGAGGACUGGCUGAAACUGCUUGAAAAUUUCCAGGAUUUCCACCGGCAGGAAGUUGAAAGAAUUAAGGAAUUGAAAAAGAAAUUAAUGAUGAGCAACGCUUUGGAUAGUGAUCCUCUUAUAACUCUUUCUCGAGACGAUGAGUUUCCCAAUACGUUUUGUGACUAUGACUCCUACACGUAG